CUUUAUCAUCAAAAUUAGUUGAAAAAUAAUCAAUAAAAUCUAUAGCAGCUGAAUGCUCAAAUUCUAAAAAUUCAAGCUAUGAAAUCAAAAUCUCGAUUAACUUAUAUUACCUUUGAGAUGAUCUACCGCUUCAUCGGCCAUUUCUACGUCGUUUUCUCUCAAAUCCUCUGAGUCAUACAUAACUAAAUAAUUUAUGUGGUAAUCGCAACAUGCACCUAAAAUAUCAUUUUCACUCUCGGGAUUUAUCCACCAACAAUCUAUGACUUGUCUCGAAGGAGGGACAUUCACUUUAUUAAAAAUUUCACUUUUUAAAUCCCCUAAACAAAUUGUUAAUAACCAAAUUAAUUAAAUUAUCUGGAAAUUUACCAACGGUAUCAUGGUUGUACAAUUGAAGAUAAAUUUCACGGUUCUUAUGAGCAAUAUUAAUUGUUAAUAACACAUCCUGAAAUGAGUCGAACAUAUUUAAGAAGACUGCAGAAUCACAAAAUAAUAAAAAGUUACAAAUUUCUACAAACGUUUACUACGGGGGAUCCCGGAAAGACGCGCCCCAAAAAAUAAAAGUAACCUAACCAAAAAAUUGAAGACUACCUGUCAGCAGAUUGACAGGGCUACCAACAAAUUACGUUAUAUCUAAUUUUAUCAGCAGAAAACACGUUAAUUAAAUAUUGUAAUAAAUGAGUUAUAAUAUUUGAUAACAGCGCUUAUCUUUUACCCAUUUGUUAUAUUUUUACAAUUUUUGUUUAGAUAAUUUGUUAGGGGAAUUUCUCUAAAAUUUUUGGGACAAAAUCCCUAAACAAGAAAGAGGAGGUUUGGCGUUCGACUUAUCAAAAAUGCCAACCACUCCACCCCAAAUAUCUCCCGUAGAGGAACAGGAAAAGUACCUUCAAGAUGCCUUGGGGGUGGUCAAAGCUCAAGCAUUUCAUAUGAAAAGAGCUCUCGAUAAAAACAAACUCAUGGAUGCAUUGAAGAACGCUAGUGCUAUGCUUGCCGAACUGAGGACGUCUUUAUUAUCACCCAAGAGCUAUUACGAGCUUUACAUGGCCAUCACAGAUGAGUUGCGUCACUUGGAACUCUAUCUUUUGGACGAGUUUCAGAAGGGGCGCAAAGUAACAGAUUUGUAUGAACUUGUCCAAUACGCCGGGAACAUUGUCCCCAGACUCUACCUUCUAAUCACAGUUGGCUUAGUUUAUAUUAAAACAAACAGCGCAUUGAGACGCGACUUACUCAAAGAUUUAGUAGAAAUGUGUAGAGGAGUGCAACAUCCAUUACGCGGCCUUUUCUUGCGUAAUUACUUGUUGCAGUGCACCAGGAACGUCCUGCCUGACAGCCCUGACACUGAUUCAGAUAAUCCUGAGGGAACUGUAAAGGAUUCCAUUGAUUUCGUUUUAAUGAAUUUCGCUGAAAUGAACAAAUUAUGGGUCAGAAUGCAGCAUCAAGGCCAUUCGAGAGAACGACAACAUCGGGAAAGGGAGAGAGAAGAAUUGAAGAUUCUAGUGGGGACAAAUUUAGUCAGGUUGAGCCAACUUGAGUCUGUUACAUUGGAGAAGUACCAAAAACUCGUUUUGCCUGGGAUUUUAGAACAGGUUGUGAGCUGCCGGGACGCCAUCGCACAGGAGUACUUGAUGGAGUGCAUAAUCCAGGUGUUUCCCGACGAGUUUCAUAUCAAGACUCUCAAUCCAUUCUUGAAAUCGUGUGCCGAGUUAGAAUCUGGCGUCAAUGUGAAAAAUAUAGUCAUAAGUCUGAUGGAACGUUUGGCUUCGUUCAGUCAACGGUCGGACGCUUUGGGCAGUGAGGGGGUUACAAUUCUGCAACAAGUCCAACUUUUUGAGGUUUUUUCGGAUCAAGUAGCUUCGAUAAUAGCCAAUCGGCAAUAUUUGCCACCGGAAGACAUGAUUGCGCUUCAAGUAGCUUUGGUUAAUUUGGCCUUAAAGUGUUACCCUGAUCGUAUUGAUUAUAUUGAUAAGGUUAUGUUGACUAGUGUUGAGGUUUUUCAACGUCUAGGGCUUGAACAUCUCGAAUCGAACUCAUUGGUAGCCAAAGAGUUGCAAAAAUUGUUGAAAAUACCAUUGGAUAAUUAUAACAAUUUAUUGACUAUUUUAAAAUUGAAACAUUAUGCCGGUUUGAUGCAACAUUUAGAUUACGCAGGACGGAAAUCUUUGAGUAUUUAUAUCUUGAAUAAUGCUCUUGAUAACGACACGAUUGUACCAACACAGGAAGAGACUGAGCAAGCUUUGAAUUUGUUAACUCCUUUAGUUAAUGAUAAGGAGGAACAACCACUUGGCGAGGUCGAUUUAGAAGAGUUGGCUGAGGAGCAGUGUCUUUUGGCUAGAUUUAUCCACCAAUUAAAAUCAGACGUCGCUGACGACCAAUACCUGAUCCUCACGGCAUCUCGCAAGAUCUUGGGCGGCGGUGGCCCUCAACGUAUCAAAUACACUUUUCCUCCAAUUCUUUUCCAGGCCUAUCUCCUCGCCUACAAAUACAAGGAAAUCAAAGACGAAAAAUGGGAAAAGAAGUGUCAGAAAAUUUUCCAGUUUUGCCAUUCCGCCAUUACGACUUUAGUUAAGGCCGAGUUGGCAGAACUGCCGUUGCGAUUAUUCCUCCAGGGGGCGCUUGCGAUUGACCAAAUCGGGUUCGAAAACCACGAGACUGUCGCUUACGAAUUUAUGUCUCAGGCGUUUGCGCUUUAUGAAGAUGAAAUUUCCGACUCGAAAGCUCAAUUAGCUGCCAUAACCCUAAUUGUAGGGACUUUGGAACAGAUAAGUUGUUUCUCUGAAGAGAAUUCGGAUCCUUUGCAAACACAGUGUGCUUUGGCGGCGAGUAAAUUGUUGAAGAAACCUGAUCAAUGUAGAGGUGUCGCCACCUGUUCACAUUUGUUUUGGAGCGGGAAGAGUUUGGCGAGUAACAGGGAGGAGAUUCAUGAUGGGAAAAGAGUGGUGGAGUGUCUUAAAAAGGGUUUAAGAAUAGCGAAGCAGUGCAUGGAUGUGAGCGUGCAAGUUCAGUUGUUUGUUGAGUUGUUGAAUCAUUAUAUUUAUUUCUUUGAGAAAGGGAAUGAUCAAGUGAGUGUGCAGAUUUUGAACCAGGUUAUUGGGAAGGUUAAGGAAGAGUUGCCGAAUUUAGAGAGUUCGGAUGAAACUGAUCAGAUUACCAAACAUUUUAACAAUACUCUGGAGCAUUUGAGGGCGAGGCUUGAGACGCCAGAUGCCGAUGGAGUUUCGUAUGAGGGGCUGGAGCUUUGAACGCGACCAUAUUGAUUAAUUGUUAAUUGUAUUGUAUUUUUUAAUAUAAUAUGUAUAUUAUGAUCUAUCGAAAUAAAAAUAAUGGCACCUUAAGGUUGUCGUAUAUAGUAAAGCA